CAAGAAUCUUCUCCAUGUUUCCUAAUCCACCAUUGACCUCACGUUGACUUUUUCAAUGGAAGAAAUCUUCAUCCACAUGUAGCAAGCACUAGACUCAUGUGCACCGUUUCCUCUUGAAUUUCACUCACUCAGUUCCCAAAUCAAUUUCACACACAAACUUUCAUUCACUUCAAUUCAACAAUCCCACUCAAAUCUCUUUAACUUUUUCGGCUUCAACUGCAUCAUCAUCCACCAUAAAAAGGGUUUUUGCAAGCACUUAAAAUUUGGGGAUAAUGAUGAUGUCACAUAUGGAAUCAGAGGGGCAAAGAUGGCCAAAUGUUCCAAAUGUUAGAUUGGCAGAAUUGGGAGAUGCAUCUGCUGCUUUUAAUUUCGGGUUUUCGGAUAUGAUGAUGACUAACUUAUGGAUGUAUGACUUUAACAUGCUUGAAGAAUCACAAAACAAUCUAUUUUCGGGGUUCCCGGUUCACGAAUCACCCGAGUAUGCUAUUUCCGAUCCUGCGUUAUCUUCGUCGAGGUUUUUGCUUGAUACGGAGCACAACAGGGAGAACGAUGAUCCAAACACGAUAAAAGUUGCGGAAGUGGUUGAAUCUAAAGUGACCCAAAAGAGCGUAAAAGGUCCACGAAGCAAAAGGUGCAAGCGAACUGUUUUCCAAAGUCCAUGGAACUUCACAUCAACUCCAUCUGUUGAGCUUCACGGGUCGGUUGAUAAUCAAGGGUCUGCUAUGAGCAAAAGAAGUUUGGGUAGAACUGAUCUCAGUGAACCCACUUUCAAGAAACAAAAGGGUCAGAAUAUUGAAAAUAACGAGCUCAUUUCGGAAUCCGUUAGUGUAAAUGGUGUUGGCAGGUGGUUAGAAGAUGUGGGGUUCGGUAGAUACAAGAGCAUGUUUGAAAUGCACGAGGUUGAUGAAGAAGCGUUGCCGUUGCUUACGCUUGACGAUCUGAAGGAAAUGGGUGUUCUUGCCGUCGGCCCUCGAAGGAAACUGUAUGCUGCGAUAUGUCGACUCAAGGGGAAAUAAGCAAAGCAAAAAGCAAGACUUGUUAGUGUAAAAUGUAAGUAGUGUGGAUCUCCAACAUGUUUUUGGAAUAUGUUUCUGUUGUUUUUAACUGCUGAUAGUUGUGUUUUAGCUUAGAUAAGAGACGAGACAGAUGAUGGUUAUGAUAAGAAUUAUAGUCAAGCUUUUAAGUUUUGUGGAUGA